AUGGCGCAUUUACCGUUCUCGUUCUACGGGCCGACUUAUGACCCAGACUUUAUGCCGGGUUCCUUCAAUCUACCUGCGGAUAUUGAAGUUGGUGACUACGUCGAGAUAGUUGAUGUAGGGGCUUACGGUUCGACUUUACGAUCAUCUUUCAACGGUUUCGAUACGUUUGAGACUAUCAUUUUGACUGAAUAG